UUCCGGAGCAGCAUGGCGGCCGCCGAAGACGAGCAGCCGGCGGGGAGCGGGGAGGGAGAGCGGCUGGAUUUCCUGCGGGAUCGGCACGUGCGGUUCUUCCAGCGCUGCCUGCAGGUCCUGCCCGAACGCUAUUCUUCGCUGGAGACCAGCCGGUUGACAAUUGCCUUCUUUGCACUCUCCGGUCUGGAUAUGUUGGAUUCCUUAGAUGUGGUGAACAAAGAUGACAUAAUAGAAUGGAUCUACUCCCUGCAGGUCCUCCCCACAGAAGACAGAUCAAAUCUAAAUCGCUGCGGUUUCCGAGGCUCUUCAUAUCUGGGUAUCCCAUUCAAUCCAUCAAAGAAUCCUGGAACAGCUCAUCCUUACGAUAGUGGCCACAUAGCAAUGACUUACACUGGCCUCUCCUGCUUAGUUAUUCUUGGAGACGACUUAAGCCGAGUAAAUAAAGAAGCUUGCUUAGCAGGCCUGAGAGCCCUUCAGUUAGAAGAUGGGAGUUUUUGUGCAGUACCUGAAGGCAGUGAAAAUGACAUGCGGUUUGUCUACUGUGCUUCCUGUAUCUGCUACAUGCUCAACAACUGGUCUGGCAUGGAUAUGACAAAAGCCAUCACCUAUAUCAGAAGAAGCAUGUCCUAUGACAAUGGGCUGGCACAGGGAGCCGGACUUGAAUCUCACGGCGGAUCAACUUUUUGUGGCAUUGCUUCACUUUGUCUGAUGGGCAAACUGGAAGAAGUCUUUUCAGAAAAAGAAUUGAACAGGAUCAAGAGGUGGUGUAUAAUGAGGCAACAGAAUGGCUACCACGGGAGACCUAAUAAGCCUGUGGACACCUGUUACUCUUUUUGGGUGGGAGCAACUCUCAAGCUCCUGAAAAUUUUCCAGUACACUAACUUUGAGAAAAAUAGAAAUUACAUCUUAUCAACUCAAGAUCGCCUCGUAGGCGGAUUUGCCAAGUGGCCAGAUAGUCACCCAGAUGCUUUGCAUGCAUACUUUGGAAUCUGUGGCUUGUCGCUAAUGGAGGAGAGUGGCAUCUGUAAAGUUCAUCCUGCCCUGAAUGUAAGCACACGAACUUCGGAACGCCUUCAAGAUCUUCAUCAGAGCUGGAAGACGAAGGACUCUGAAUCCUGCUCAGAGAGUGUCCACAUUUCCUCAUGACUGACUGUAGGCGGGGCGUGGGGGGUUUGUAGCAUAACUGUAGCUCAAGGUUAAAAGCCAUGUAACCAGGUGUGCUCUUUUUUAAGAGGUAGAGUCUACAAUCGAAUCUCACACUGAUGUCACUUUGGGAUAUGGUCUUGAGCCAGUCAUCUUUGUGCUGGGUUUCAAGGAUAUCUUUGUUGAAGUUGGAGCCACAGUGGACUCUGUUGUGGUUCUUAAAUGUUUAUAUUAAAUUUCUAAGAAGUUCUUCGAGGCAAAUUAACUAUGUAUGGAGGUUACCUUUUUAAGAGAACUCUUAAGUACAAAUUGUAUCAUAUUAUAAAAUGGACACAUCUUCAAACAAGUUUACAGUUCACAUAGCAUUGAUAAUCGUUGGGUGAACACUUAGUGGUGAUCAUUUAAAAGUUGACUGCUGGUGGUAGAAAAUUGCUUUAGUGAAUUAAGUAUCUGGGGUUGUCCUUUGAAUAUAGAUGAUCCCAUAAUUUUUUAAAGAGGAAUGAUUUAUUUUAAGUAAAGUGUGCCAAUUAAAUUUGUGUGGUCUAUAUGAAUGAAAUUAACAUCACCACACGAGUCAGUGUGCUUAACUCUAACAGUAAUUUUUUAAAGGGAAAUUGUUUUAAGAAGACUAUUAUGUAACUGAGGGAAAAUCAUUUAGCUGCACGUGAUUGUGAAUGGGGUAUUUUUGUGCUACGCAGGUCUUUUAUUUAGACAUUGCCUGGGUAAAUACUGAUAUUUGAUUUGAAUCCCAAAUAAUUGCUUUCUUUUUUCUAUCGGGGAGAAAAUAGUCUCAUCUAGAAGGAAAGACAUUUAGUGUUUCUGUUCAUUUUUCUGAAGUAUGUGAUAUUUUAAAUUAUAUUUGUACUUUCGUAACGGAGUAAGUUUUAGUCACUUGGACUAUAUUUAGUUUGUUGCGCCCAAUAUGUUAGUUGCUCUCAUUACAAACUGAUAAUUUUAUAAUUUUUUCAAAUUAAGUAAGUAAAAAUUUAAAUGAAAAAAAAAAAAAAAACCAACCCAAACAGAACCACUCAAGUAAAUUUAAUGGUGCAGUUCCA